AAGAAUUACCUAUUAUUAUUACAAAAUUUGCAUGUGCUUCAAUUGAAUUAUUAGAAAAAAGAUUUCUAAACCGAAUUCAAGUUGACGCAUUUCAUAUUUUUGAUCCAAUGGCUUUACCAGUUGAAAAUUCUUUAUUUCAAAAAUAUAGUGAAGAUGAAAUUAAAAUUUUGG